AUGGCUGCCGACAAUAGUCUCUCGCCCCAUGGCGGCAAACUGAAAUUAUCGGUGGCGCCUUCAUCAGAGGCGCCACACCUCGUUGCCGGGUUGCCAGGCCUCGCGGUUAACGAGCAAAUCGCUCGCGAGAUCAUCAACCUCGCCUACGGAGCCUUCUCCCCGCUGGAUGGCUUUAUGGGCCGUUCAGACUUGGACUCAGUAGUGAGAAAGAUGCGGUUGUCCAGCGGGUUGGUGUGGAGCAUACCCAUCAUCCUCGAUGUAUCCUCUAGGGAAUGGGCAGCCCUGGGCGGAGUAAUCGGCAGUCGCGUCCUGCUGAAUCACCAAGAUCAGCCCUUGGCAGUACUGGACGUUUCCGAGGUCUAUUCCUACGACAGGGCUUUUAUGGCCCAGCAUGUCUUUGGCACCAACGAUCCGGAACAUCCCGGCGUGGCCCGAACAAUGGCCCUGGAGGACACGUUUGUAGCCGGUAAGGUAACCUUGGUCAACCCACCACGAGUCAACCCGCCUUUUGACCAGUUCUGGAAGACGCCAGAGCAGCUUCGUUCCCGGCUGGACGAGUUGGGCUGGAAGUACGCGGUGGCGCACCAGACACGCAAUGUGCCUCACGCAGGGCACGAAAUGAUGAUGAAGGGCGCGUACCUGGCAUCCGGGGCGGACGGGAUUCUCGUGAGCGCCGUAAUCGGGGAGAAAAAACCGGGCGACUACAUCGACGAAGCCAUCGUGCUCACUCACGCCCUCCUUCGGGCUGAAGGGUUCUUCCUGCCUGAAAUACACGAGACCUCGACUCUGAUGUGGGACAUGCGUUACGCCGGUCCGCGUGAGGCCGUCUUUCACGCCAUUGUGCGCAAGAAUCUCGGUUGCACGCACCACAUGUUCGGCCGCGACCAUGCAGGCGUGGGCAACCACUAUGGUCGAUACGCUGCUCACGAAGUCUUUGACACACUUCCCGACCUUGGUAUAAAGUCCGUGCUCACGCUGGAGUGGUGGUAUUGUCCAGUCUGCGAGAGCGUCGCAUACGAGGGAAUCUGCGGCCACAGGGACAGCAAGCAGGAUUUGGCAGGAACAUUGAUUCGCAGCAUCAUAAGCGGCGGAGUGGGACCCGCAGUCACUACGUUGAGGCCACAGGUGUUGGAGGCCGUGCGUCACUGCGCUGAGAAAUACGGAAUGGGUUCUCCUUUCGUCACAUCAGAAUAUCUGGAGAAUCGUACACCGGUAAUCACGGUGCCGGAGAUGGCCUGUUGCACCUGUCCGGAGCACCAGCCUAAAUAA